AGAAAAAUACCCAAAAAAAAAAAGAAAAAGAAAAGAAGACAACUGCAGCAAACGUGCUAAAAAUAAUAAUCAAGCAAGAUACGCGCAAGCGAAAGUAUUUCAUGACAACGCAAGAUGACAUCGCAUUCCUAUUAUAAGGAUCGUCUUGGCUUCGAUCCCAAUGAGCUGCAGCAUGAGCCAGGCAAUCAUCACAACAGCGGCACCAAUUCGAUGAAACGGAGCAGCUCCAGGCAGACGCAUCAUCACCAUCAGAGCUACCAUCAUGCCACAACGACGAGCAGCUCAACCGCAUCGCCUGUUGCAAGAAUCUCUGUCUCCCCAGGUGGCAAUGGUACCCUCGACUAUCAUCAGGUCCAGCGGGAGCAACGCGAUCGGGAGCUUUACGCCAAUGGCCAUAGCAGCAGCAGCACUCAUCAUUACCAUCACCAUCAGCAGCAUCAUCCAAGGCAUUCGCAUGGAUUGAUCGAGGCUAGUCCGGCGGCCAAAAAGGCCAAACACUCGUCAACGCAGGCGCAGCCGCAGGGCGGCUACGAGGAUGCGUUGACGCAGUUUAAAGACGAACGCGAUGCCAUUCAAAAGAAGACUUUCACAAAAUGGGUUAACAAACAUCUUAAAAAGCAUUGGAAGUAUGCCAAGACCUAUACCAUGCUACAUGUUUGUGUUACCACAAAUGGUAUACCCUGUUGUUCACAGUCAGCCAAUCGGCGAGUCGUGGAUUUAUUUGAGGAUUUGCGCGAUGGUCACAAUUUGCUUUCACUCUUGGAGGUGCUAUCUGGCGAACACCUGCCACGAGAGAAGGGCAAAAUGCGAUUCCACAUGCUGCAGAAUGCACAAAUGGCGCUGGAUUUUCUGCGCUUUAAGAAUAUCAAAUUGGUCAACAUACGCGCCGAGGACAUUGUGGAUGGUAAUCCCAAGCUAACGCUGGGCUUGAUCUGGACGAUUAUAUUGCAUUUCCAGAUUUCCGAUAUUGUUGUUGGCAAAGAGGACAACGUAUCCGCACGUGAGGCCCUACUGCGCUGGGCGCGACGCUCGACGGCUCGGUAUCCGGGCGUUCGUGUCAAUGAUUUUACAUCGUCGUGGCGCGAUGGAUUGGCCUUCUCGGCGUUGGUGCAUCGCAACCGACCGGACUUGCUUGACUGGCGAAAGGCAAGGAACGAUCGGCCGCGCGAACGCCUCGAGACGGCAUUCCAUAUUGUGGAGAAAGAAUACGGUGUUACGCGUCUAUUGGACCCAGAGGAUGUGGACACCAAUGAGCCGGAUGAGAAAUCCCUGAUAACGUACAUUUCAUCUCUGUACGAUGUAUUCCCGGAGCCGCCAUCCAUUCACCCCCUGUUCGACAUGGAGUCACAACGUCGGGUGCACGAGUAUCGUGAUUUGGCACAACAGUUCAUCUAUUGGUGUCGGGAGAAGACCGCCUAUUUGCAGGAGCGUUCGUUCCCGCCCACGCUGAUUGAGAUGAAGCGUCUGCUGAGCGAUCUGCAGCGCUUCCGUAGCGAGGAGGUGACCGCACGAAAACGCGACAAAUCCAAGCUCAUUCAGAUCUAUAAGGAGCUAGAGCGUUACUUCGAAACAGUGGGUGAAGUGGAUGUGGAGGCAGAUCUGCGUCCGGAUGCCAUUGAAAAGGCCUGGUAUCGUAUGACCACAGCCUUGCAGGAUCGUGAAGUUAUUCUACAGCAGGAAAUCGAGCGCUUGGAGCGCUUACAGCGUCUCGCCGAUAAAGUGCAACGCGAAAUCAAGCAUGUAGAUCACAAGCUGACCGAGCUAGAGACGCGCAUCUCAGAGGAGAGCAGGCGCAUAGAGCGUUUGCAUCCCGUAGAUGCCAAGAGUAUUGUUGAGGCCCUCGAAACAGACAUCAGGCAUCUGGAGGAGCCCUUACAGGAUAUGAACCAGGACUGCCACGUGCUCAACGAGGGUCGCUAUCCCCAUGUCAGCGAGCUGCACAAGAAGGUCAACAAAUUGCAUCAGCGCUGGGCUCAACUCCGCACCAAUUUCCAUACGAACUUGGUACAGAAGCUGUCCGGCUUAAAGUUUCCCGUCCACGAGACGACCGUGACGCGUCAAACGCGCAUGGUGGUCGAAUCACGACAGAUCGAUACGAAUCCACAUUUCCGCGAUCUGCAGGAGCACAUUGAGUGGUGCCAGAAUAAAUUGAAACAAUUGCUUGCCGCUGACUAUGGCAGUGAUCUGCCAUCUGUCAAGGAGGAACUGGAUCGUCAACAGCACGAACACAAAAUCAUUGAUCAGUUCCAUAGCAAAAUAUUGAACGAUGAGCGCCAGCAGACGAAGUUCUCGGGCGAUGAAUUGAACCUCUACCAGCAGCGACUCAAUCAGCUGCAGAAGGUCUAUGCAGAGCUGCUAAGCACCUCCACGAAGCGUCUAUCCGAUUUGGAUUCACUUCAGCACUUCCUUGGACAGGCCUCAGCUGAACUUCAAUGGCUCAACGAGAAGGAGCAGGUCGAGAUCACACGCGACUGGGCGGACAAACAACUCGAUUUGCCUUCUGUGCACAGAUACUAUGAGCGUGCAUUUGGUAAUGGCGACGAGAACUUAAUGUCCGAACUGGAGAAGCGUGAGAUGCACUUUGCCACAAUCUUGGAUCGUGGCGAGGCGCUGCUCAAUCAGCAGCAUCCGGCAUCCAAGUGCAUCGAGGCCCAUUUGACGGCUCUACAACAGCAGUGGGCGUGGCUGCUACAGCUUACACUCUGCUUGGAGGUGCAUCUGAAGCAUGCAACGGAAUACCAUCAGUACUUUGCCGAGAUCAAGGAUGCCGAACAAUGGCUCAGUAAGCGCGAUGAGAUACUCAACAGUAAAUACUCGCAGUCCGAUUUCGGCUUGGAUCAGGGUGAAGCUCUGUUGCGCGGCAUGCAGGAUCUGCGUGAGGAGCUGAAUGCGUUCGGCGAGACCGUUGCCACGCUUCAGCGUCGUGCUCAGACGAUUGUGCCGCUCAACAAGCGCAGGCAGCCGGUGAAUAGGCAGGGUCCGGUCCAAGCGAUCUGCGCCUACAAACAACAGGGUCAACUGCAGAUUGAGAAGGGCGAGACGGUCACAUUGCUGGAUAACUCGGGCCGUGUCAAGUGGCGAGUGCGUACGGCUAAGGGACAGGAGGGUUCCAUACCCGGAGCCUGUUUGUUGUUGCCGCCACCCGAUCAGGAGGCCAUCGAUGCUGCCGAACGUUUAAAGCGUCUCUUCGACCGCUCCGUUGCGCUGUGGCAGAAGAAACAUUUGCGCUUGCGCCAGAACAUGAUCUUUGCCACGAUUCGUGUGGUCAAGGGCUGGGACUUCGAUCAGUUCCUGGCCAUGGGUCCCGAGCAGCGAACGGCCAUACGGCGUGCGUUGAACGAUGAUGCUGAUAAGCUGCUCAGCGAGGGCGAUCCCAAUGAUCCACAGCUGCGACGCUUGCGCCGCGAAAUGGACGAGGUCAAUCGUUUGUUCGAUGAGUUUGAGAAGCGCGCCCGAGCCGAAGAGGAGAGCAAACAGGCGAGUCGCAUCUUCACGGAGGAAUGCAUUGCCAUCAAGAGCAAAUUGGAGGAUAUGGCUCGUGAGCUAGAUCAGAUUAUUUUGGCUCCACUGCCACGUGAUUUGGAUUCGCUGGAACAUGUGCUUGCCAUACAUGGCGACUAUGAGCGCCGUCUGCAUCUGCUUGAACCGGAGCUAAAGCACUUGCAGGAGACCUUCCGCACGAUAGCUUUGAAGACGCCUGUGCUAAAGAAAUCGCUGGAUAACCUGAAUGAGCUGUGGAAGGAGCUGAACACACAGAGCAACCUGCACAAGGAUCGCUUGAAGCUGCUGGAAGCUUCGCUGGCUGGACUCGAGGACAACGAACAUGUCAUAUCCGAGCUAGAGAAUGAGCUGGCCAAGCACCAGGACUUGCCCUCCACAGCAGAAGGACUGCAGCAUGUGUUCAAGCAAUUGACCCACAUGCAGGACAUAAUCACGCAACAGCAGCCGCAAAUGGAUAAGAUGAACGAUGCAGCUGAUCAACUGGGACGCAUGGGCGUGCCCACCAAGGUGUUGGGCGAUCUGAAGCGUCUGCACUCGAACGUGGAGCGUUUGAACACGCGCUGGAGUGCGGUUUGCAAUCAAUUGGGCGAGAGAAUGCGCUCAUGCGAGACGGCGAUUGGACUUAUGAAGAAUCUCCAAUCGAGCGUGCAAGUCGAGGAGUCAUGGGUGGACGGCACCACCGAACGUCUGUCGGCCAUGCCCACAGCAACUUCAGCUUACGAAUUAGACAAACUGCUCGGAGCUGCUAUCGAACGAAAACCAAAAAUCGAAAAUGUCAACGUGGCUGGAGGACGUCUAAUUCGCGAAGCUAAGAUUUACGAUAGUAAAUGUCUGCGUUUCGUGGAUUGGUUGCUCGAGGCUCGCCCCUCGUUCUCGCCGCCGCGUCGCGAUCUGCGCCCGGCUGACAGUGAUCCAGGUGCCACACAGUAUUACAGCCAGCGUUUGGAUAAUCUAAAUACGAAAUACGACAGAUUGCUGGAACAGUUGUCCCAGAGGCUAAAAACUGCAAUCGAGGUGAACGGCAGCGAUGGUCUGCAAUACGCUGAAAGUCUGCAGAAACCGCUCAAGACCUUUAGAGUUGACUUCAGUGCGGGCAGCGUGCCAACUGGCGAUGGCUAUGCUGCACGCCCGGAUGAUCUCUAUACAACAACAUAUAGCACAACACAAUUCAGCUCAACGAAAACAACGAAAAGCUCUUCAAAAAGCAUAUACAGCAGCGAUGGCAUAGAUGCCGCUGGAAAAGAAUCAGGAGUUACUCCACAGUCGCAAAUACAAUUCAAUGAGAUACGUAGCCUUAAGCGGGGAGGUAAUAUUACCUCUGUGCUCGAUAUUGCCGGCAUACGUGAUCCGCGCACAGGACGCGUUCUUACCAUUGGCGAAGCCAUACAGUUGCGCAUUCUGGACGUUCGCACUGGUGAAAUGCUUGUGGGUGAGCGUCGCAUAUCACUUGAACAGGCCGCUGAACAGGGUCUGAUCGAUGCACAGCUGGCGAUACAGUUGCUACAGCCAGGUGCAGGACGAGAUGCGACCGGACGUGAACUCUCAUUGCUGGAGGUGAUACAGCGAGAGAUAAGCGAAGCGGAAUCCGGCUAUGAAACGGCGGAGAAACGCAUCAAGGUAAACAACACAGUCACAGUAGAGCAGUUGCCAUUGCCAACGCAAUCCCCAUUGGAUGUGGCGUCCCCCGAGAAACCUAGAAAUAUUGUCGAUGCCAUUUGUGCUGGCAGUGUGGAUGCCAAGACCGGCCUGUAUCGUGUCAAAUCGGGCCAAACAAUCAGCCUGGCCGAGGCGUACGAACGUGGCUAUCUGAUACGGCACGAAUCGGUGACAAUUAAAUCGAAUGCGCUGUGUUUGAGUGAUGCCAUUGCCCAUGGCCUGGUGGAUAAUGCUGGCUGGAUUGUCGAUCGCAAUUCUGGUGAUAAGUUCCGUUUGGAUUCGGCUAUUGCCAAUCAGCUAAUUGAUGCGAGUGUGCGCGAAGUAGUCGAUGCUAAACGCGAUGUAAAAAUAACACUAGAAGACGCAUUAAAAUCGGGCGUUUUGAAUGCUAAGACCGGUCGCUAUCUAAACGAGGUAACCAAAGAAAAGCUUAGCUUUUUGGAGGCACGUAAUCGUCAAUUGAUUGUUAAGCCGUAUACUCUAAAAGAUAUAUGUGAUUUAAAUUUGCUCGACAAACAGUCUCUGAUCACAAGUCCCAUGCGUCGCGAAAAAUUAAGCAUUAUGCAGGCCAUCGAAGCAGGUGUCUUAGAUGGCAACCACCUCAAGUGCAUAACGAAACGUAAGGGUGAGCUAAUCACAUUGCAGGAAGCUAUUGCAGAUGGCAUUGUGUUGCCAGCGGAGUGUAAAUAUCGUGAUUUCAUGACUGGGGAGCUAAUUAGCAUACCCGAGGCUGUAGAACGUGGCCUGAUCAGUUCGGUAUCGCAGCGUUCCAUUUUUGAUAUCGAUGGAUUCAAAGAUUUGCGUAGCAAUGAUUAUGUUAGCUUUAAUGUGGCCCUCUCGCGUGAUAUUUUACGUCGCAAGAGCACGGGCUUUGCCUUAGAGACAGGUCGGGAUAGUCUAGUUCCACUAGAGGUGGCCGUCGGUGAGGGUCUGGUGCGGCAGGAGGUUUAUGAAAUGUUUAGUCGCGGUAUUGGUGUGCACAAUGCCAGUGGUAAGGAGCUUAGCGUAUUCGACUUGGUCUAUCACAAUCUGAUUGACCCGAAGACUGGGUAUUUGCUCGACCCUAAGACUGGUGAAACAGUGCCUCUGGACAACGCCAUUGAGCGAAAGUUCAUCACACCCGAGGGUGCUUUACUGUUGAGCAGCCUGCUUAACAUUACGUUGACCACAGAGACUGUGACUAGGACGAUCAAUCGGUAUGUGACCAUACGUGCCGGCUCUCAGGAGCCAGGUGAUACAGUUUUAUUGACCUUUACCGAGGCAGUGCGUCAGGGUUUCAUUGAUGAGGAUAGACAACUAUUUAAAGAUCCCAAAACGGGUAAUGUUUACUCUGUACAGCAGGCGCUCAACUAUGGGCUUCUUGUACCCGAUAGUAAUCAAACGGUGCCGGAGCCCACAAAUCGUAAAAAGACCAAAUCAACUAUAACAAUAGUCACAAAACAAAUUAUACCGGAAGCAGAGCCUAUCAAACUCAACACCCAACAUACAAAAUAUGUUGAAAAGUCAGUUGAAAUACCAAUUUCUCAGGAGUUAGUCAAACCACAACGCGUUGUUUCAGAGUUCAUUAAUCUGGAGAAGAGCAGCUAUUUGGAACAGAAUGUGACAGAGCGUCAGAUUAUGGAGCUGCCGCCUGGUGGCUGGCGCCUAAAGGAUGCGAUUGAGCAGCGUCUAUUCAACCCAGACACAGGUGUGUUCCAUGUUCAGGGCACUGAUCGUCUGGUAAACUUCGAGGAGUGCAUAGAUAAGCAGAUUAUUAACAAUUUAUCCGUAGCUGUUAUCGAACCUAACACUGGAGAUAAAAUAUCUGUAAAAUCAGCUUUUGAGCGUGACAUCUUGGACAGCUAUGGCAACUAUACAAAUAAUAGGCAACAAGUUCUGGGCAUGCGCAGCGCUAUCUCGGAAGGUAAAAUUAUACUAGAGACGGUACCGGCGACGCGUGGUGCCAGUCAGAAGACUAUUUUGCGCAUAACACGAGUAAACAACAUGCCCGAUGUGUUGGAGGUAUCGACGCCAUUGAAGGAUGCUCCACCACGAUUCGUAGAAGUGAACACAUGUCAGCGUGAAUUGGCAUCACCGGAACCACUGCAAAUAGCACCAGGUGCCAUUUACGAUCCGUCUACAGGGCUCGUCAUAUUCACACAAAACGGAGAAACAGAGAACAUUUUUGAUGCCGCGCAACAGGGCCUAGUUGACGAGCAACUUAUCAAAAUCGUGGAUCCCACAACUAAGCAACAGAUUUCGGUCACAGAAGCCAUUGCGAGAUCAAUUUAUGAUCCACGCACAGCGACGAUACUUGAUGCCGAGGGACAGCCGAUUGAUUUGAUUACGGCUACGAAACUGGGUUUGUUCAGCGUGGUAGGUGCCCCACUUGUAGCUGCCGAGGGUGCUUUGCGCACAGUUCGCUUUGUAGUGGAUCCACGAACCGGUGAGCAGAUACCUGUUGAGGUGGCCUAUGAGCGUGGUAUUGUAUCACGUGAUCAGCUGCAACGCGGGCGUUCCUUUGAUUAUGAGCCAACAACAACCACUUCAACAACAGAGGAUAAGGUUGUAGUGUUGCAGAAGAUGCGCAAAGUCAUAUUAAAGCCGCGGGAUGCUCUACGGAAAGGCAUUCUUGAUGAGGAGACCUGUCAAAUACUUGAGGAUACCCGAAACUUUACAACUCCCCAAGGAGAAGUUAUAAAUAUAACUGAAGCGUUGAAUACUGGUUUAAUUGACGGACGCCGCGGUAACGUGACGGAUCCACAGCGUAAUCGUGUGCUCAAUCUGCGACAGGCUGUCGAGCAAAAGAUAAUUGAUCCGGAGCAAACAAAUCAUAUUCUUAUGCCCCUGGCCAAGAGUCUGUCCAUACCAAAACUUGAAUCACAAGGUCUUAUUGAUCCACAGUCACAGACUAUUGUACACCCCGAAAGUGGUUAUCCCUUGAGUAUUCAUGAAGCCAUUAUUUGUGAAGUACUUGACCCACAUUCCAAACUACAUAAACCAACAAAGUGUACCUUAGAACAAGCCAUUGAAAAGGGCAUUAUCAAUCCGGAUGAAUCCACAUUUAACUAUAAAAAUAAAACUCUAAGCAUUUCUGAAGCGAUCGAAGCUCAUCUGUUCGACGCGAGCUAUGAUAAGCAAAAGGUCAAGGUAGAAAUACCACCCGUGGGGAUGAUAUUCCCAGUUGCUGUAGAGAAGAGUCUUGUGGAGCCCACAAAGUCUGUUGUACUGCAUCCUAAAACCAAGAAACCACUUCCCAUUAAGCAGGCUAUCAAUGAGGACUUCAUCAUGUCCAUACCAUACCCGCCCAAAGCGGAUGCUAUUGAAGUUGUACCUGCGCUGGAGCGCGGUCUUAUCGAUGUGGCUGCACAAACCUUUACCCACCCCGUGACUAGCGAGCGAUUAUCGUUACGACAAGCACUGGAGGAUGGCGCGCUAAUCAUUAAGCCCCUUUCCGAUUUUGUUGUCAAUCAAAAACCUAUACCCAAGACAGAGGUCAUGGAAACAAUACGUGCGGUGCACACGGUGACCACUAAAACGAUUGAACUUAUGCAGGGUUAUGUACUCAUAUCCAAUAAUGAGGUACAGAAUGUAAACACUGGUGAGGUGUGCAGCCUAGAGCAGGCUAAGGAGUUAGGUAUACUACGCGAGGAAGAAAUAACGCGAGAGACCAAAGCCACAACAGGCGAAACAGCGGAGCAGACGGCUCCAAUUUUAGUUCCAAAUGCAAACGAUCAGUCAGUGAUUGUCGAAGAGCGCACACAAACCGUCGUGAUGAGCUCAGAUACAAGAAAACAAGAGCUACAAGUAACUAGCACCACUCAAUCUAUGAAGGAAACUCCUGAAAUUUCAGAUAAAGCCAAUAAGGAACCAUCCAAGACACUGCAGAAUGUUAAAGAUGCUGCGAAAAUGGGUGCCCUGGGUGUCAUUGCAGCCCCCGUGCUGGCAGGUGGUGCUAUUGUCAGCGGUGUGAAGAGUCUAAUCAAGUCUGCCAAGUCAAACGCUGAGGAAACGAAAACUAUCACAACGACAACAACGAUAAGCAGUAACAAGGAAAUAACAUUGCAAACAGCGAAACCAGAGAAACCUCAAGUAAACUUUAUUGAAGACGAGUGCAUGGCAGUUCAACAGCGAAUGGAAGAACCAUCAAAACAAUCGCCCACUGAGGUCGAUAACCUCCUGCAGGAUACGGAGAAAUUUAUAAGCAGCACAACGGCCAACUUUAUAGCGAACGAAAGGCUGCAUUUACCUAAAGAACAACCGAAGCCAGAAGAAACAACCACAGCGUCCAGUUCAACAACAACAACCGUCACAACGAUAACUACCUCAAAAACAACCGAAGCAAACAAACGGAUACCUGAUGUAUCAAAAGAUGAGUCACAAAACAAGAAAUUAGUCGUGAAAGCUAAGGAGACUGUGAGAGACAAGGAAAUUGCAGAGGGAAAAGAAGUUGCGAAUGUUAUAGAAACGAUCCAAUCAGUAAUCAGUGAGAAGCCUGAUGAACCACAAAAGAAUAAGCCGACAGAUCAGCCAACGCAAAUAACAAAAAUAGCGGAAAUCCCAAAAGAAAGAGGAGAGAUUACUAAAGUAACGGAAGCAGUUUCUACUAUAUCCCCUGCUCAGAGAGAUCCGACGCCGGAAGCCGCUGCCAAACAACAAGCAACUGUUAAACUUGAACAAGAAUCCACGCUAGAGCCUGCACCGCGAAACACUGUUAAGGAAGUAUCCGAAUUAGAGCCACUUUACACAGCACCACUUGCGCCUUUCCAGGAGACAGUAACUAAAGUAACUAAAACCAUAAAAGAAGAACCACUUAGUACGGAAUCACAAAGCACUAUCACAACCAUUACAACAAAGGAAAUAACGAAAACUUCUGAACCAACUGUACAAGACCUAACGGAAACAAUAGAGCCAAGCAAGGAGAAACCAGAGAAGCUGAUUGAAGGCUCUGAAGAAGUGUCAAAGCAAGUUGAGCAACAACCGCAACCAAUUGAAUCUUUCAAUGUUUUGGUGGAGAAGCGAGUUGUGUCUGUCGAGGAACCUACCAUCAGUGAGUCUACAACCACUACAACUGCCACUACGACGAUAACAACCACAACUGAAGAGCAGAAACCAGCGAAAGUUGUCAGUGUAACAGAAGAGAUAAAUAAGUUGUCUAAUGAUGAGCCAGUUGUACCCGUGGCUGUGGCUGACUCAAAGGAACAACCCAAGGAGGUUGACUCAACUCGUAAAGAACCUGCUGUAAGUGUCUCUUCCACCAAGGAAACAGUGGUCACCGUGGCAACAGAGGCGACAGAGAAACCUAAAGAUUUAAGUCAAGAACCAACAAUUGCAACUACACGCACAACGGAAACAAUAACCACAGUAAUUUCGGUAACAGAUGAUCAGCAACAAAAACCUAGAGCUCCGGAGAAUAUCAAGAAACCUGAAGAUUUGGCAGAAAAGCAUCAAACUGUUGUGGAUUUCAUACAACAUGAACAAGAACAGCAACCUACUGGAGAAAGUGGCAACAAAAUAAUGCAGAAUGUCAAAGAUGCAGCCAAAUUAGGCGCACUAGCUAUAGUAGGAGCGCCCAUCCUGGCAGGUAAAGCUCUGGUUGAUGCGUUAACUACAGAUAAGAGUAAUAUACCAACACAGGAGCCUCAACAAAUGGGAAUCGAACCUGAUAGCUCUUCAAGUAGUACAACAAUUGUCACAAAAAUAACAACAACACAUACUACAACAUGUAGUAGCACUGUAGAACCAACACCCGAUGAUGAAGCACUCGAUACAGUGGAAACUGCAGUCACCACAUUGGAGCACACAGGGAACCGUGAAGUACCUACGACGUUGGUCAUAGGUGAUGCUAUAUCACAGAACUUAAUCAGUCCCGAGGAGUGCAGAGUCAUACUCGAUGGUGAGGAACGAUCAGAAAGUGUAUCCACAUUGCUCAAAGACGAACAACUUAGUCCUUUGGAUGAGCUGCAGAUCAUAGACGAUACAUUGAUAGUUGUCAACCGUGUAAACUAUCUGGUGGAUGUGGAUACCGAAUUGACGCUUGAGAAUUUCAGUAACUUGAACAUUUACGACACAAACCUUCAAUGCUUCAUAGAUCCCUCUACUGGUCAGAAAAUUUCUUUCCAAACACUAGUGUUUGAUAUGAAUAUCUUUCAUCCUGAUAGAAUUUUAGUAAAGAACUUUAGUAAAGGGAAAUAUGAAACACUAGCAGUUGCACUUGAACGUCCGUUGAUGGACAAACAUACUGGUCAUAUGGUCGACCCCAAGACAGGCAAGAAAAUACCAUUUUUUGAGUGUAUUGAACGUAAGUGGAUAAUAAGUGCCAAUCCGGAAGAGCAGAGACCUGCAGCCAUUGAGAAUGUUACAAUAGAUCACCGGUCAGGCAAAGUGGUGCUUGACGAUGGUCAAGUUUGUUCCAUUGUUGAUGCUAUCAACAGUGGCAAACUCGACAUACAGUCGAUAUCGGUGCGCGACCCUGUUAGCGGUGAGGUAAUCCCAUUGCGUAUGGCAAUUGAGUUGGGUGUGGUUGAUAUGCAGGCUGGUACGGUCAUAGAUAUACAGACAUUGAAGGAAAUACCAAUGGAGCUUGCUUUGCAGAUGGGCUUCUUAGUGCCCGGCGCACGUAAGCCUAUUUCCCUAGAAGCAGCUGUUCGCAAAGGUCUUUAUGAUCCAGAGACUGGCAAGCUCUACGAUAGCGAGUCCCAAAAUCAGGUAGAUGUACAAAAGUCCAUAGAAAUUGGCUUGGUUGAUCCUAAGAUUUCGCUGAUUGUGGAUACAGUCACCAAGAAGGAGUUGAAGCUCGACUGCGCUAUUGAGGAUGAGCUGGUGCUCACAACGGGUCAAAUUAAGGAUAACAAGAAUAAUACUCUUGUGCCGUUUGAUGUCGGUGUUGAGCAGCGUUUGGUAAAGACCGAUAACGUUACCUGGAGCCUACCCGAGGUGCUGCAGCGCGAAUAUUAUACACCCAGCACGGGUAAGGUACUGAAUCCGGUUACAGGUGAAGAUAUUCUGCUACAGCAGGCUAUUGAAAUGGGCUUUGUUGAGUUGGAUUCGACUUUAGUUAAGGAUACCGAGAAUGACAAAAUUGUGCCGGGGAAGGAAGCUGCAAAAGUAGGUCUUCUGGAUACCGUACGUGGCACUCUUAGUUCGCCAAAUAUUAGCUUAGACGAAGCCUUCGUCAAAGGCUAUUUGAUAAGUACUAAGAAACCUUGGUCCCUUGUCGAUUGUUUGCUGCGUGGUCUUUACGAUCCUUUGACAGCCAAAUUCAAUAUUGACGGAAAAGAGGUCGACUUAAAGACAGCCAUUGCACAAAAACUCAUCAAUCCCGAAGAGUUGGUGCUACUGGAUCCCAAAACAGAAUCAAUUAUUUCUCUGAAUGAAGCAAUUACGAAGGGCUAUCUAGAUCCAGUUGGUGGAUUUGUUAUUAAUCCGUACGCUUCAACAAAGCUCUCUCUGAACGAAGCUCUCGAAAACCGUAUUCUUAUACCGCCAAAGCGAAAACGCAGCCUGCCUGAUGCAGUUUACAGAGGUUUAUACGAUCCAAAGACCGGCCAGUUUAGCAAUACGAUCACGCGUGAGAAACUGACAACUGAACGUGCCAUUCGUAGGGGUAUUCUCGAUCCCGAUUCGACGGUCGUCAAUGUUUGUGGUCAAGUUUUGCCAUUCGGUGUAGCCACCGAAACAGGCAUUGUGGAUAGUCAACAAGGUACGGUUAGGGAUGCAAACGAUCAGCAUAUUGAUUUUAAGGAAGCCUUCGAUAAAGGUGUGCUUGUGGAGGCUAAGAAACCCUUGCGUCUCAUAGAGGCAGUUGUAAAAAAUAUUUACGAUGAAACCGAUGGUCACUUUAUCGAUCCCAAGUCUGGUGAAAAACUGAACUUUGCCAAGGCAUUAGACACCUAUUUAAUAGACGAACAUAGCGUGCAGAUCCGAGAUUUCAAGACUGGUUUGUAUAAACAGCUCAAUUUGACACAUGCCAAGGACACAGGUCUCAUAGAUCCCCAAAAUGCUAAACUACUUUAUAACAACCAGUCAGUGACCAUAAAACAUGCCUUUAAUAUUGGCAUUCUUAUGGAUGUUAAUGCUCCUAUAAGUGUACAGCGUGCUAUUCAUCAAGGUCUUUUUGACGAUAAAACUGGAAAAUUGACUGACCCCAAGACUGGACGUAAAAUUACUUUAUUGGAGGGCAUGCGAAGCUUUGUCAUUAAUCCACAGCUGCCUUGCUAUUUUGAUGAGCAGUCGGAGCAAAUGCUUAGUCUCAGUGAGACUUGUCGCAAUGGCAUCAUUAAUAGAAGGGAGGGUGUCUUUAAAGAACCAGGCAGCACCAGCUUUGUGCCUCUUGGUGAGGCCAUGAACUUGGGUUUGAUUGUGGAUAUAGAAAAUGCUGGCUUUGGGCUGUACGAGCUCUUAGCUAUGGGCUUUUAUGAUGUGAACACACGUCAAGUUUUACACCCAGUCACCAAUCGAAAACUGAAUCUAAAUGAAGCCUGUGUUGAGGAUGUUGUCAGUCUAUCUUCCAGUUUAGUUAAGCAUAAUGAGUCUGGCAAGUAUAUGCGUCUAGCGAAUGCUAUUAAGGAGCAGCUCAUUGAUGAUAGCAACGGUUGUUAUAAUCUGGGAAAUGAACAGCUAGAUUUGCAGACAGCAAGGGCACGUGGGUUAAUUGUCUCUAACCGUCGUCUACUGAGUCUCGAAAUGGUUCUUCGUAUGCAGCUUUACCGAUCCGAAACAGGGAAGUUCUGUGAUCCUACCACGGGCGAUUAUCUUGAUUUAAUUGAAGCUAUACAUUUGGGUUUUAUAGAUCCCACUAGUACAGCUUUUAAAAAUCAGCUAACAGGCAAGGAAGUACCGCUAACCGUAGCUAUAGAAAAUAGUGACAUAGAUGUAACUAAGGGACGCGUUUUUGAUCCGAAAUCAAAAUCUACAUACAAUUACGAUGUAGCCUUCUCGCGUGGCAUACUAGUGACCAUACCGCGUCCUCUUACUGAUCGCAGCGAAAUCGUACGCCGUCAAGAUAGCGUUGAACUUUUAAGUCAAACCCCCGUAAGCGUUGUUAUUAGCAAACCUCGCGAAAUGUCACUUGAGGAAGCCAUCAAGUACAAUAUAAUCGAUCCAAAAACUGCGCUCGUACGCGAUUUUGAUAACUUUAAAUUCCUGCCAUAUGCUUUGGCCAAGGAACGCGGUCUUGUAGAUGUUACUAAGCGCACGCUCGUUGAUCCUAAAGCCUUGUACUUUGCAUUUGAUCCCACGCUGUUGAUCUAUGUACGGGAACCCGUCACAUUCGAUCAGGCGGCUGAAUCCAAGUGCUUGGAUCUUCAAACCGGUAUGCUAACUUAUCAACCAAUAAUUCCCAUCAGCGAUGACAGCGCAAGCGAUUCACUAACUGUCAUCGAAACGUCGCCCAAGAUAUACACGCUUAAGGAUGCCGCAGGCACUGGCAUAAUUGAUCCCGAUUCAGCGUUGGUCAAAGAUCUGGCCAAGGCGAAACUCGUGCGUUUACCAGAGGCCUUCCGCAAAGGUCUGAUGGAUGCCAACAAGGCGAACGUAUUAAAUACCCAAACCUCAAAAUUAUGCACAUUGCAAGAGGCCUAUGAGAGUGGCUUGAUUUGUACACCCAAGCGUUCAUUUGGUUUGCUAGAAGCCAUCACAUUUAACCUGUACAAUCCAACAAAUGGCUGUCUAGUUGACCCCUUCCAAAUGCAUCCCGAUAUCAUCAAGCGUAAGAAGUAUACAUUGGCCGAGUCCAUUAGUUCCGGCUUAAUUGAUCCCUCCUCAACGGUGGUACGUGAUCCUAGCUCUGGUGUCAUCUUACCACUGGCCGCUGCAAUAAGCAGUGGCUUGAUUGAUGCUACUGAAGGUCGUUUGAACGAUGCCAACGAACCCAAAAAUAACAUUGAUUUAGUGAAAGCCACCGAGAAGGGUUUACUGCUGCCAGCCGAACAGAGGCAAGCAGUAUUCGAGAAGUUCAACAUGUGUGAGGAGAAUGUAAACGAUCUGCUGAAAUGGGUCACCUCAGUCGAACAGAAAAUCUCAAGCGUUGGUGGACCACGAGAGAAAAUCGAUGAGCUACGGAAUCAAAUCAAUGCGCUCAAGCAAAUCAAGGAUGAAAUCGAAUCGCAGCAGCGUCCUGUAGCCACCUGCCUGGAACAAAUACGUCAAAUUGUUCUCACUGGUGGUGAUGUGCUCUCCGCACCAGAGGUCACCACUCUGGAGAACUCUGGUCGUGAAUUGCGUUCACGCGUAGAUCGUGUUAAUGAUCGUACACUUCGUCUACUGCGUCGCCUUGAGGCUGGGCGAGAUGAGCUAACGAAGCUGCGGAGCGAGUUAGAUAUCUUUUCCGACUGGCUGCAGCUGGCACGUCGCACACUCGAGGAUAAGGAACGCUCGCUAUCAGACCUCACGCGACUCGCUUCGCAGGCAGACACUAUUCGUGAGUUUGUCAGCGAUGUGAUUGGCCACCAGGCGGACCUACGUUUUAUUACCAUGGCCGCGCAAAAGUUUGUCGAUGAGAGCAAGGAGUUCUUAGCUGUGCUUAACGACUUCCGCACCUCACUGCCAGAGAGGCUGCCACACGUGGAGCCAUUGUCUAGCGCGGAGAGUCCCAUACGCCAGGAAGUUUCGUUGGUGUCAGCACAGUACAAGGAUCUACUGAACCGUGUCAAUGCCCUGCAAGACCGUGUCUCGGGCUUGGGUGGUCGGCAGCGUGAGUACCAGGAUGCCUUGGAUAAAGCCAAUGAAUGGCUACGUAGCGUACAACCACGUGUUUCGCGUGUUAUAUCUGAACCUGUCGCUGGAGAUCCCAAGGGCGUGCAAGAUCAGAUGAAUGAAGCCAAGGCAUUACACAAUGAGCUUCUGUCUAGCGGUCGUUUGGUGGACAAUGCUCAGCAAGCUUUAGAUAAUCUUCUACGCAGUUUGGGCGGUCAACUCAGUCCCAUGGAAAUCAAUCAAUUGGAAUUGCCUAUCGCUGAUUUGAAGAACAACUAUCAACAGCUUUUGGAUACGCUUGGAAACCACUGCAAGACCUUGGAUAAGACUCUGGUACAAUCGCAAGGCGUGCAAGAUGCCCUCGACAGCCUAGUGGGCUGGGUAAAUCAAGCCGAGGAUAAGUUCAAAUUGAACUUGCGUCCCGCUUCGCUUAUCAAGGAACGUCUACAGGAACAAAUACGCGAACACAAAGUACUUUUAGCUGAUUUGCAGUCGCAUCAAGCUAGCAUCGAUAGCGUUCAAAUCUCUGCCAAGCAUCUGCUGGCCAGUGCAUCCAAUGCACGUAUAGCCAAGAAGGUGGAGUCAAAUUUGAACGAUGUAACUGGCAAGUUUGAAAAACUGUAUGAUAAGGCUAAUAAGCGUGGGGAAUUCCUGGAUGAUGUAUACAGUCGUCUCUCUAAGUACCUGGAUGAUAUUAGCACCGUGGAACAGCGCAUGGGUAGCUUGCAGGAGGCCCUUGACAGCCGCGAGACCAGUUUGCUUGCCACGGAGGAGGUAGCGCGUCGCAUGCUCGACUUGGCCCGUGAAAAAGACCAGCUGGCGCCACAGUUUGAGGAUUGUGUACGUAAUGGCAAGGAGCUAAUUGGAUUGCGCGAUGUGACCGAUACGGGCGCUUUGCGUGAUCGUAUCAAGGCUUUGGAAUCUCAGUGGCGCAACGUCAACAUCAGCAUAGAUGAGCGCGCCAAACUAUCGAAGCAGAAAGCUGAACGUCGUCAAGCAUACGAGAGCCUUAAGGACGAGGUUUUAUCUUGGCUAACCAGCACAGAAGGACGCGUCAAUGCUCUUGCACCUGUAGCCAUCGAUCUGGACAAGAUACGCCAACAGAAUGAUGAGUUGAAGCCUAUCUGCAAGGACUAUCGUGACUAUGCGCCAACUAUUGACAAGAUUAAUGAUAUUGGCUCCCAAUAUGAUGCACUUGUUAGGCCCGAGAGUCCCUCACGUAAACGCUCAACAUACAGUCCUAUUAAGAGAACAAGUCCGCUGCGUCGCAUGUCUGGAGACGCCAGAAGCCCCAGCCCGACCAAGGGAGGCAUACUGUCGCCACUAUCGACUGGUUCCAGUGGAUUCGGUAGCCGCAGAUCCUCUCAGGAUGGCUUCCAGCUCUCUGAGCUGUCUCCGGUGCAGCAACAGUUGAGCGAGAUUAACAAUCGCUAUGGUUUGAUUGGAGUUCGUCUAAAUGAUCGUCAGCAUGAGCUUGAUAAUCUAAGUGAAGAGUUGCGCAAGCAGUACGAAAAUCUCAAAGGAUUGGCGCAGUUCUUGGAACGUAUUCAACGCCAGGUACCUAAGGAAUCGGUGUCCAAUAAAGACGAAGCCGAUCGCUGCAUUAAACAAGCGCGCAAAAUCCUUGAGGAUAUGUACGAAAAGCAGAGCUUGCUUGACACAACAAAGGCACAAAUUAAAGACAUUCUGCGACGCAAGUCGGAUGUGCCUGGCGCUGAGCAAUUACGUGUGGAGAACGACAAUAUACAAGAAAAGUGGAAGAAUCUCAAUGACAUCUGCAAGAAUCGCAUUGCUUUCUCUGAGAAGCUGCGCGACUUCCUGGACACCCAUGGCAAUCUCAAGAGCUGGCUAGAUAGCAAAGAGCGCAUGCUUACUGUGCUGGGACCGAUUUCCUCGGAUCCGCGCAUGGUUCAGAGCCAAGUGCAACAGGUGCAAGUAUUGCGCGAAGAGUUCCGCACACAACAGCCACAGCUAAAACACUUGCAGGAACUUGGACACGAUGUUGUCGAUCAUUUAGCCGGCACACCCGAUGCACAAGCAGUUGAGAUUAAGCUCAAGGAUGUGAUUACCAAAUGGGAUGAUCUAAUGGGUAAGCUGGAUGACCGCGCUAAUAGCCUGGGCGGUGCUGCCGAUAGCUCAAAGGAGUUUGAUGCGGCAGUCAAUCGGCUGCGUGAAGCUUUGCAAGGCAUUAGCGAUAAUCUGGAUGCUCUGCCAACCGAAGGCGAUCACCAAGAGAAUCUACGCAAGAUCGAAAAUCUUGAACGACAACUCGAGGGCCAGCGUCCACUCUUAGCUGACGUAGAACAAUCCGCGGCUACAUUAUGCAACAUUCUCGGCGACCCAGCCUCACGCGCUGAUGUCAACUCACGUGUGGCAGCACUGGAGAAACAAUAUCUGGCGUUGCAAAAGAAAUUGGAUACGAAGAAGGCUGAAACAGAGGCUUCUCUGCGUGAUGGUCGUCACUUUGCUGAGAACUGUUCGAAGACGCUCGGCUGGCUAUCCGGCGAGUUGUCCAAUUUGACCGAUCGUCUGCUGGUAUCCGCCCAUAAGCCAACACUGCAACACCAGAUAGACACGCACGAGCCCAUCUAUCGAGAAGUUAUGGCGCGUGAGCAUGAAGUCAUAAUGUUGAUCAAUAAGGGCAAGGAUCUGUCCGACCGACAACAGGAUCGUAGCGUGAAACGGGAUUUGGAUCGCAUACAACAGCAAUGGGAGAAACUGCGUCGUGAGGCAGUCGAUCGUCACACGCGACUGCAGACCUGCAUGGAGCAUUGUAAGAAAUACUCUCAGACCUCAGAGACCUUCCUUGCCUGGCUACGUACCGCAGAGGAUAAAUUGGCGGAUCUAACCCCUGGCGUGCUAUCCAAAUCAAAAUUGGAAACUCGUCUGCGUGAUCUGCAAACGUUCCGUAGCGAGGUUUGGAAACAUUCGGGAGAGUUUGAAAAUACCAAAGGUCUGGGUGAAACAUUCCUCAGCAGUUGUGACAUUGACAAGGAACCAAUCAAGGCUGAGUUACAAGAUAUACGCGAUCGUUGGGAGCGCUUGAAUAAUGAUUUGAUUGCACGCGCUCACGAGAUUGAGAACUGCUCGCGGCGCUUAGGUGACUUCAAUGAUGAACUCCGCAACCUGGAUCAUUCAUUGGGUCGCUGUGAGGAUCGACUGGCCGCACAUGAUGCCCUGGGCGGAGCGGCGAAAGACCCCAAGCUACUCGAACGCGUCAAAGCUAUUCGCGAAGAGUUGACGAAUCUAAGUAAACCACUGCAAUCACUCAAGGCGAUGGCAAAGGAUAUUAGUGCCGAGGCACGCGCCGCUGGCGGUGAUGCUGAUCAUUUGACCAGUGAGGUUGAUGGAUUAGCUGAUCGCAUAUCCGAAUUGCAAGGCCGUUUAGAUGAUCGCUGUGGUGAGCUACAAUCGGCAGCAACUGCUGUGUCCCAGUUCAACGAGCAGAUGAAGAGCCUGGGUAUUGACCUGAAUGAUCUGGAAGCUGAGGUUGAGAAGCUUUCGCCACCUGCACGUGAAAUUAAGAUUGUGCAACAGCAAAUAGAUGAUGUGGGCAAGCUUCAGAAUAAACUUGAUCGUCUAGUUGGUCGUUUGGAGGAUGCCGAGCGUGCCGCUGAUGUUCUUGUAGACGCCGGAUUUUCUGCGGAUACUACCCAGACUCGCGAGCAAAUCUCUACCUUGCGCAAGACCCUCGGUCGUCUUGAUAAUCGUGUGCGUGAUCAUGAAGAUAAUCUACAGAGAACACUUAAAGCUUUGCAAGAUUUCUAUGAUAUGCAGUCACAAGCGCUGGAUGAUAUCCAGGAUGUGAGUGAGGAAUUCAAACGCAUGAAGCCCGUGGGUUCCGAGCUGGAUCAGAUCAGACGCCAGCAAGAGGACUUCCGCAACUUCCGAGAGCGGAAGGUUGAACCACUGGCUCAAAAUGUAGACAAAGUCAACAUGGCCGGACGUGAUCUGGUACGUUCGGCAGGCAGUGGGGUUUCUACGACUACCGUUGAGAAAGAUUUGGAGAAGCUUAAUGACCGGUGGAACGACUUGAAGGAGCGUAUGAACGAACGCGAUCGUCGUUUGGAUGUGGCUCUCUUACAAUCUGGCAAGUUCAAGGAAGCGCUAGCAGGUCUGUCUAAAUGGUUGAGCGACACCGAAGAAAUGGUUGCUAACCAGAAGCCACCAAGUUGUGACUACAAAGUUGUCAAGGCGCAGCUACAGGAACAAAAGUUCCUCAAGAAAAUGUUGUUGGAUCGUCAGAACUCUAUGGGUUCAUUGGCCAACCUCGGCAAAGAGGUGGCUAAUCAUUGCGAACCCGCUGAGCGCGCUUCUAUUGAGAAGCAGCUUAAUGAUCUGAUGAAGCGAUUCGAUGCAUUGACUGAUGGUGCCGAACAGCGUGAACAGGAUCUGGAAGAGGCCAUGGAAGUGGCGAAGCGCUUCCAUGACAAGAUUAGCCCACUGGAAUUAUGGCUAGAUAAUACGGAGCGUGCAGUUAAGGCCAUGGAACUGAUACCCACUGAUGAGGAAAAAAUACAGCAACGCAUUCGGGAGCAUGAUCGUCUUCACGACGAGAUUUUGAGUAAGAAACCUGACUUUACGGAUCUCGCAGAUGUAGCUGCUCAGCUGAUGCACUUAGUCAGUGACGAGGAGGCCGUGAAUCUGGGAGAAAAGGUUCGUGGUGUAACCGAACGAUAUACAGGUUUGGUAGAUGCCAGCGAAAAUAUUGGUGCAUUGCUUGCCGAAUCCCGUCAAGGAUUGCGCCAUCUGGUUUUGAGCUAUCAGGACUUGGUUGCCUGGAUGGAAAGCAUGGAGAAUGAGCUAAAGCGUUUCAAGUCUGUGCCUGUGUAUGCCGAAAAGCUGUUGGAACAAAUGGACCAUCUGAUAGAAUUAAACGAGAACAUUGCAGGGCACGCAAAUAAUGUGGAGUCGACUGUUGAAUCCGGCGCAGAGCUUAUGAAGCACAUUUCCAACGAUGAAGCCAUACAACUUAAGGAUAAGUUGGACUCUCUGCAACGUCGCUAUGGUGAUUUGACAAAUCGUGGUGGUGAUCUGCUCAAGAACGCUCAAAAUGCUUUGCCAUUGGUGCAGCAGUUCCAUGACGCCCACAAUCGUUUGGUCGAAUGGAUGCAGAGCGCCGAGGCAGCUUUAGCACCUAGUGAGCCACGUCAAGCUGAUGUGUUGCGUCUAGAGACUGAGCUUUCCGAUAUGCGUCCCAUGCUGGACACCAUCAAUUUGGUUGGACCACAGCUGUGCCAAUUGUCGCCGGGAGAAGGUGCCGCUACUAUAGAGAGCAUUGUUACCCGAGAUAAUCGUCGCUUCGAUGCCAUCGUAGAGCAGAUUCAACGUAAGGCAGAACGCCUGCAUCUAAGCAAUCAGCGAGCCAAGGAGGUAACCGGUGAUAUUGAUGAGCUGUUGGAGUGGUUCCGUGACAUGGACACCACAUUGCGUGAGGCCGAUCUGCCAGCUAUGGAACCUAAAUUGGUGCGCGCUCAAUUACAAGAACAUCGAUCGAUCAAUGAUGACAUAUCCAGUCAGAAAGGACGUGUGCGUGAUGUCACCGCCGCUUCCAAGAAGGUUCUACGAGAAUCGCCACAAAGUGAGAAUACGGCAACACUUCGUGAGAAGUUGGAUGAUCUAAAGGAGAUUGUUGACACAGUUGCACAGCUGUGUAGCGAACGUCUGGGCAUCUUAGAACAAGCUUUGCCACUUUCAGAGCACUUUGCUGAUUCUCAUUCGGGUCUGACCACCUGGCUGGAUGAUAUGGAACAGCAAAUCUCACGCCUGAGCAUGCCAGCUCUGCGUCCCGACCAGAUCACAUUGCAGCAAGACAAGAACGAGCGUCUGUUACACUCCAUAGCCGAGCAUAAACCACUGCUCGAUAAGCUGAACAAAACUGGCGAAGCUCUGGGCGCGUUGGUCGCCGAAGAAGAUAGUGCCAAGAUCAAUGAAAUCCUCGACACGGACAAUGCUCGCUAUGCGGCUUUGCGUCUGGAACUACGCGAACGUCAACAGGCACUGGAAAGUGCCCUGCAGGAGUCGAGCCAGUUCUCCGAUAAGCUUGAAGGCAUGUUACGUGCUCUUGCCAACACGGUGGAUCAGGUGAAUCAAUUGGACCCACUCUCAGCACUGCCACAGAAGAUUCGUGAGCAAAUCGAAGACAAUGAUGCUCUAAUGGAUGAUCUAGAUAAGCGUCAGGAUGCAUUUAGCGCUGUACAACGAGCUGCCAACGAUGUCAUUGCCAAGGCUGGCAACAAAGCUGAUCCCGCUGUGCGCGACAUCAAAGCGAAACUAGAGAAACUAAACAAUCUGUGGAAUGAUGUCCAGAAGGCCACUAAGAAACGUGGCAGCUCCCUCGAUGACAUACUGAGUGUUGCGGAGCCCUUCUGGAAGCAGUUGAACAGCGUAAUGAAGACUCUUAAGGAUCUAGAGGAGACGCUCUCAUGCCAGGAGCCACCAGCGGCACAACCGCAAGACAUCAAGAAGCAACAGGUGGCACUGCAGGAAAUACGUCACGAAAUCGAUCAGACUAAGCCAGAAGUAGAGCAAGUGCGCCGACAUGGCAGCAACUUGAUGAACAUGUGCGGCGAGCCCGAUAAGCCAGAGGUGAAGAAGCACAUCGAAGACUUAGAUAACGCCUGGGAUAAUAUCACAGCCCUGUAUGCUAAACGCGAAGAAAACCUCAUCGAUGCUAUGGAGAAGGCUAUGGAAUUCCAUGAGACACUGCAGAAUUUACUCAAGUUCCUGACUAAGGCCGAGGAUAAGUUUGCUCAUUUGGGUGCUGUAGGCUCCGAUAUUGAUGCUGUCAAGCGACAGAUUGAACAACUCAAGGCGUUCAAGGACGAAGUCGAUCCGCAUAUGGUCGAAGUAGAAGCAUUAAACAGAGGUCUCGAAAGGCAAGAUAGUUUCAAAAUUUCACAAGCUGUGGAACUGACGGAACGCACUUCGCCAGAGCAGGCGGCAUCAAUAAGGGAACCUCUGACCGUGGUCAAUCGCCGGUGGGAGGCUUUGCUGCGUGGAAUGGUCGAGCGCCAAAAGCAGUUGGAGCAUGCUCUGCUCCACUUGGGUCAAUUCCAACAUGCUCUCAAUGAGCUAUUGGUUUGGAUUAACAAGACAGACAACACAUUGGAUCAGUUGAAACCGAUACCCGGUGAUCCCCAACUGCUCGAGGUUGAGUUGGCCAAGCUUAAAGUGUUGGCAAACGAUAUACAAGCGCAUCAGAACUCAGUUGAUACUCUCAAUGAUGCCGGAAGGCAACUGAUUGAAACUGAAAAGGGUUCUGUGGAAGCCUCCACUACGCAGGAGAAACUGCGUAAGCUGAACAACGAAUGGAAGCAGCUGUUGCAAAAGGCUAGCGAUCGCCAGCACGAGCUAGAGGAGUCUCUACGCGAGGCUCAAGGCUACAUUGCUGAGGUUCAGGACAUUUUGGGCUGGUUAGGUGAUGUAGAUGCCGUGAUUGGUGCCAGUAAGCCUGUAGGAGGCUUGCCAGAGACAGCCACCGAACAGCUGGAACGUUUCAUGGAAGUCUAUAAUGAGCUGGAGGAGAACAGGCCUAAAGUAGAAACAAUACAAGCUCAGGGUCAAGAAUACAUUAAGCGCCAGAACCAGAUGAAGGUUUCUUCUAGCAACCUACAGCAUACACUGCGCACACUGAAACAGCGCUGGGAUGCAGUUGUUUCGCGUGCAUCCGACAAGAAGAUUAAGUUGGAAAUUGCACUCAAGGAGGCUACCGAAUUCCAUGAGACACUUCAAGCUUUUGUUGAAUGGUUAACCCAGGCAGAGAAACAGUUGACCAAUGCUGAGCCCGUCUCGCGUGUGUUGGAAACCAUUCAGGCCCAGAUGGAGGAACAUAAGGUACUCCAAAAGGAUGUGAGCACACAUCGGGAGGCCAUGCUGCUGCUGGAUAAGAAGGGCACUCAUCUCAAAUACUUCAGCCAGAAGCAAGAUGUGAUUCUUAUUAAGAAUUUGCUGGUCUCAGUACAGCAUCGCUGGGAGCGCGUAGUCAGUAAGGCUGCAGAGCGCACACGUGCUCUGGAUCAUGGUUACAAAGAGGCACGUGAGUUCAAUGAUGCCUGGAAUGGUAUGAUGCAGUAUCUGCAGGAAACUGAGCAAGUGCUGGAUCAAAUUAUCGAAGAAGCCACCGCUUCGAAGGAGCCACAGAAGAUUAAGAAAUACAUUGGUAAGCUAAAGGAGACCCAUCGCCAGCUGGGCGCCAAGCAGUCCGUAUACGAUGGAACAAUGCGUACUGGCAAGAACCUCAUGGAACGUGCACCGAAGGGCGAUCGCCCAGUGCUUGAUAAAAUGUUGCUGGAACUGAAGGAGCAAUGGACACGGGUCUGGACGAAGAGCAUUGAACGUCAACGCAAACUGGAGGAGGCCUUGCUACUUUCUGGACAAUUUAGCGAUGCUCUGGGAGAGCUGCUCGAUUGGCUUAAGAAAGCCAAGAGUCGCGUCAAUGAGAAUGGACCAGUGCAUGGUGAUUUGGAGACGGUACAAGGCUUGUGCGAGCAUCACAAACACAUUGAACAGGAUCUUCAGAAGCGGGCUGGUCAAAUGCAAGGCGUGCUUAAGACUGGUCGAGAUCUGGAGCGGUCGGGCAAUAAUCCCGAAGUGGGUGGAAAGCUCGACGAGCUGCAAUCUAUUUGGGAGGAGGUUCAAAAUGCUGUGGGCAAGCGCGGAGAGAGACUCCAAGUUGCUUUGGUGGAUGCUGAGAAACUGAACGCAAGUGUCCAAGCUCUGUUCGAUUGGCUAGAUCAUGCGGAGCAUAAGCUACGCUAUGCCAAGAAUGCUCCUGAUGAUGAGAAGGUCUCACGUGAGAUGAUGGAGAUUCAUACGGAGUUCAUGCGAGAUUUGCGCGUGCGCGAACGUGAGAAGACGGAAACGUUUGAGUAUGCGGAGGUGAUCAUUGGCAAAGCCUAUCCCGAUGCCAUACCCAUUAUUAAGAACUGGUUAUCGAUCAUUCAGCAACGCUGGGAGGAGGUACGUCAAUGGGCCAUCAACCGUGAGUCGAAACUAGAGCAGCAUUUGCAAUCUCUCAAGGAUUUGGAUGAUAACAUUGAAGAACUGCUGGCUUGGCUCAGCGGACUUGAGGGCACGUUAUUGAAUCUAAAACAUGAACAACUGCCAGAUGAGAUACCGCCUGUGGAGAAAUUGAUUGAGGAUCACAAAGAAUUUAUGGAGAAUACGGCACGGCGCCAGAACGAAGUAGAUCGCGCCUGCAAGCCACGUCAAUUGCCACCUGGCGCUCGCAAGCCUUCACGUAGCGGCAAAACGCCAGUUCGUGGCUCCAGUCACGAUCUGCGUGAACAGUCGCCCGAUGGUCAGCUGCGACGUCAAAGUUUCAAGGGUUCGCGCGAUCAAGGACUUAACGCUCGUAAGGGCAGUCGUGUUACGCCCACGCGUGAUACGCCCGACAGAGAUCGCCUGCCGCAUUAUGGCCCACGUUUCUCACCAAGCAGCUCCAAUGGUGGAGAACUUGAAUUCCGUUCGCCACGUGCCAAACUCCUGUGGAACAAAUGGCGCGAUGUCUGGAUGCUGUCAUGGGAGCGCCAACGCUUACUUCAUGAGCAUCUCAUGUAUCUGAAGGACGUGGAGCGUGCUCGCAACUUCAGCUGGGAUGAUUGGCGCAAGCGAUUCCUCAAGUACAUGAACCACAAGAAAUCACGUUUGACUGAUUUGUUCCGUAAAAUGGAUAAGGACAAUAAUGGCAUGAUACCCCGCGAUGUGUUUAUUGAUGGCAUACUCAAUACGAAAUUCGAUACAUCGGGACUGGAAAUGAAGGCUGUUGCAGAUCUAUUCGAUCGCAAUGGCGAGGGUCUUAUCGAUUGGCAGGAGUUCAUUGCCGCCCUGCGACCUGAUUGGCAGGAACGUAAACCCGCCACAGAUUCCGAUAAGAUUCACGAUGAGGUCAAACGUUUGGUCAUGCUUUGCACGUGCCGUCAAAAGUUCCGUGUGUUCCAAGUGGGCGAAGGCAAAUAUAGAUUUGGUGAUUCCCAGAAAUUGCGCCUGGUUCGCAUCCUCCGUAGCACUGUAAUGGUGCGUGUGGGCGGCGGCUGGGUUGCUUUGGAUGAAUUCCUGCAGAAGAACGAUCCUUGUCGCGCCAAGGGACGCACUAACAUUGAGCUACGCGAGCAAUUCAUUUUGGCCGAUGGCGUCUCACAGAGCAUGGCCGCCUUUACGUCCAGACGUUCCACGCCCAAUGCUGCCCAAACUGCCAACAGUUCGCAAAAUGGCGCCGGUAGCCCCAACUUGCCGCCAUAUAUGAGUGGACAGGGUCCCAUCAUAAAGGUACGCGAGCGUUCCGUACGCUCCAUACCCAUGUCCAGGCCAUCGCGCUCUUCGCUUUCGGCCAGCACGCCUGAUUCGCUCAGCGACAACGAGGGAAGCCAUGGUGGACCCUCGGGCCGUUACACGCCGCGCAAGGUCACCUACACGAGCACACGCACGGGCCUCACGCCAGGUGGCUCACGUGCCGGCUCCAAGCCCAACUCACGCCCGCUAAGCAGACAAGGCUCCAAGCCGCCUUCACGACAUGGGUCAACACUUUCGCUGGACAGCACAGAUGAUCACACACCCUCGCGCAUACCACAGCGUAAGGCGUCCGCUGCGAGCACUACCAGCGGCACCUGCACCGGCACCACACCGCGGCCGGCUCGUCUGUCUGUCGCCUCAGCAUCCACGCCGGGCAGUCGGCUAAAUGGCACCAGCACCAUCACACGCAAAACCGCUUCCGGUUCGGCAAGUCCAGCGCCCACAAGCAAUGGAGGCAUGAGUAGAUCAUCCAGUAUACCAGCACUAACAGGCUUCGGCUUCAAACCACCUACUAGCCGCCCAUCACGGAUACCGGUUAAGAUACCCCUCAACGAUUCCAAAACAUCAUCGCCCACCAGCUCGUGUGCCAAUCCAAGCAGCUUGGGACGCAACAUCAGCGGCAGCUCCACGCCCUCGGGAAUGCAGACGCCGCGGAAGAGUUCCGCGGAGCCGACGUUCAGCUCGACGAUGCGGCGUACAUCUCGCGGCACCACGCCCACAGAGAAACGCGAACCGUUCCGACUUUAAGGCGGAAGCAAAAGUUGCCAAUUAAAAUUUAAAAAAAAAAAAAAAAAAAAAGGAAUUCAUAAAAUUACUAACCACGCACUGAAGUUCUUUCAACUAAUCAACCCAAUUGUGAAUUUGCCUCCUGACUCUCUACUCAUCAGACUACAUUGAUAUACAAAAUGUAGCAACAGGAACCAGUUUGAAAAGACGCUUCCAAUCCAUACAAAAAACUGCAAAUUUGUAUGAAACAGCGCCAAGAAUAUUGCAAAAUUCGGUAAAGCGUAAAAGACACACAAAAAAAAAAAAAGAAAAUGGGGGACUACAAAAUUUAGUUUUUAUAGCAACCGUUAUAAAGCAAAAAAAAAAAAGCUAUUCACACAAAAGUUGAGAAAACUAAACACGACAAGUCAUACUAACUAAAAUGAGAACCUUUUGCUACUACUAAUAUUUAAUGCCUUCUUUUUACUAGUUAUACUUAAAUAUGGAUUUCCAAGUUUAUAAUUUGUAUAUACUUAUAUAAAAUGCAAAAUACACUCCAAGUGCUUUAAGGCAAUUCAAAACUAAAACUAAAAAAAAAAAAACAAACAAAAACGAUAAAAAUUAA